CCGCCCAUAUGAACCCAAAUGACAUCGCGAGAGGAAGUGGCACAAAAGUAGUGACAGACAGUUGUACGGCUCCUGUCCGGUUAAAGUUGUUUAAUGGCUAAAGUGGAGAUCGCUCCUCUGAGAUCUUUGGAUGAUUUCUUCCCAGGUUCAGAGCGUUUCUCCAAACCAGACACUCAAGAUUUGGCGAAAUGGAACAACAGGGUGGUCAGCAAUCUUUUGUACUAUCAGACAAACUAUCUGUUAGUGAUCAUCGUUAUUUUCAUGCUUGUAGGGUUAUGGAAUCCUGUUGGCAUGUUCACCGGCGGAGCAGUGAUCACUUCAGUCAUCAUUGGCUCUGUAUGGGCAGGGGAGAACAAGGCAAUGAUCAAGAGCUUCAAAAGGGACAACCCUACCUUAUUUGUUUUCCUAGUCUUGGUGGUGAGCUACCUCCUUAUGUCACUCUUUGGUGGAGUCAUGGUGUUCCUGCUUGGCAUUAAGCUACCGCUUCUUUUGAUCUUCGCACAUGCAUCACUCCGCCUCCGGAACAUGAAAAACAAACUGGAGAAUAAGAUGGAAAGUGCAGGACUCAAAAAAUCACCCAUGAGUAUCAUACUUGAAGCACUGGGGCAACAAGAAGAGAACCUCAGUAAGGUUCAAAGCUUUCUGGAGAGCAAACUCAACGAAUAAACAAUAUUUUUCCUUUCUGAUGUUCUCACAAAUAAAUGAAGAAAUGUUUUCAAGUGGCGCAAUUUGUAAAAUCUACUGUAUUUCUCUCAACAACAUGCACGUUGAGCUUCUUGGCGUCCUCAGUGUACUCGGGUUCCCAUGUUUUUGCACAACCUGGAAAUAUCAGGAACAUUUUAAACAGUUUUACAAAACAUGAAUAUGAGUCAAACCUGAAAAUGUCUAUUGCGCAUAUAAUUAAAAUGAAGAUAAAAUGGAAAUGUUGUGGGAAAAUGACAGGCUGGGAAUCUGUAUUUUUACAUUUACAUGAUGUGACGAACCACAGAUUUGUUUACAUUUCAGGUCAUGUAUUUAUGAGGUCAGCAAUGUGUGGGUGCCAUUCUGAUUUUAAUCUCCACGCUGUGAAAAAACCAAGGUGAUGUUAUAGUGUCAUACAAAAUCAAAAUGUCAUCAGUUUUAUGCAAUAUUCAAAUGUUUGCAGUGUUAUGUGUUGUGCAAUAAUAUGCAGAUCACACAGUUAUUUAAAUGAGCUUAUUAAAUCAUGGUUAUUACCUCAAAGGUAUAGAAUUUUGUCAUCAUUUACCAUUUUUAAAUUUCUUUGUUCUGCUAAACACAGGAAUAUAUUGAGAAGAAUGUCAGUAACCAAACAGAUCUCAUCCCCCUUUGACUCCCAUAGUAUUUGUUUACCCUGCUAUAUGGCAGUAAAUGGGGGAUGAGAUGUUUAGUUACUGACAUUUUUGCAAAUAUCUUCCUUUGUAUUUCGCAGAACAAAGAAAAUAAUGAGGGCGAGUAAAUAAUGAUAGAAUUUUCAGUUUUGGGUGAACUAUCCACUUUAACCCUCAAGGUGUAAUAACUCAAUCUUUGUGGUAUUUGUUGAAUUUUUAGUAAUGCUGUACUAAUCUUUGUCUACAUCAAUCUAUGCAAAAGAUAAUAAAACCAAAUGUGAUAUCA